UAUAAAGCUGCAUGCUUAGGAUUAUUAGUUGAAAAUGGGUUAAAUCUUAAAGAUGUCGUUAAAGAAAUGAGUAAUAAAGAUAAAAAAGAACAAGGAAUUGGUUUUGAUACAUUAGUUGGGAAUAAAUUGAUCGAAUGCUUGGUUUUGAUGGAAAGAAUUUUGAAUCAAGCGAUAGAGUUUGAUAUUGAAAAAGGGAAUGUACCAAAUAUAAAUAUUAUUUCUGCAGAUAACACGAAAAAUCCACCCAGAAUACCAUCUAAAUUAGCUUUCUAUACUCAUCUUCGUUCCAUGAUUACUAAACAUCUCCCGCAGUAUGAUGAACAUUCAACUCGAAUUAUUUCGUAUUAUGGUCGCCCAUCAGUUAUUACUCGUUGGUGGAUGCCUACUAUUCUAUUAUCUGUUGUAACCUUCAAAGUUAGGAAACAGAUACAUUGGGAAGAUUUCCUGAAUUGGAUUGAAGACAUUAAGGAGACCACUGUCAAUCUUUGGAAUGAUUGGGUAUGGGAACCUGUAAAAGGAAUGUGGGAUACGAUUAGACACAAAGAAAAAAGACUAGCACUUAUGGGUAAAGAAAGUCUUAAUUCGGAUUUAGAGUCUCUGGAACGAAUGGUUCUUGAUUUCGCUCGUGACCAAAAGCAAUUUACUGCCGAAGAAAUCAAUGAAAUUUCUAAACGUAUCCAAGAUGGUGACUUGUCACUUGUGUUGAAAGCUUAUGAACAAGAAUUAAAGAAUCCAGUUAAGUCCACUUUAACAGGCAA